AUGACCGUCCGUAUUGAGAACUACGAUCAGUACAAGGAGGUUUUCGAGGAGAAGAAGUCGCAGCCGAUCAUUUUGUUCUUCAGUUGCCAAAGGCAGUUCCCUCAAACCCUUUCCAGGAAGUCGCACAAACGGGUGCAAAGACGCUCUAUGGGACACGCGUGAACUUUGAGCUGCGUGGCAUUUUGAAGACUGAGUCUGCUUUUGGUUAGUUCUGGUUUUGUACGUUUGCUUGUGAGAGACACUCUUUUUGGUGUUCUUUCUGUACUUUUCUUUGUUGAUUCGUUUCUUUCGUUGCUCCUCAAGCAAUAAACCUUUGUUUGAUAAUCUCUCGCGUUGUUUCUUGUGUUUUCUUGUAUUGGACCCGACACCCCUUUUUAUAAGCGGGCAACUUGGGGGCCGAACCGGUUUUUUUGAUUGUUUGCUCGUGUUUUUUCGUGCCAACGAGCAAUAGUUCGAAGAACAUUGCUCAGGCGCGAAGAGAUCAACGCGAAAAAUCGAUAACCUCGUGCGAUUGAACGAUCCGCGAGAGCAACAGGAGACAGGCCCGAAGAGAUCAACGCGAAAAAUCGAUAACCUCGUGCGAUCGAACGAUCCGCGAGAGCAACAGGAGACAGGCCCGAAGAGAUCAACGCGAAAAAUCGAUAACCUCGUGCGAUCGAACGAUCCGCGAGAGCAACAGGAAAACGCAAACUUUUGAACGAAAGUUUGCAGAGGAAAUGCCGAGCACGUACAACACGGAGCCGAGCGACCGGAUGGAAGUGGAGGAGGUGAAGGCGACGGAUUCGGAGAAGUGGAAGCUUCCGAGGGAAGUCGACGAAGGAGAGUCGAGCGUGAAUCGCGGAACUCGGACGGAGGAAUGGCUGACGGAUUGGAACGAAGUCAGCUGGAAGGAAAGAAGGAGCAGGACGAGAAGGUUCGGUCGGGUGGUCAGAGACGUUGAAGCGGUAGAGGCAGAGACGAGAAAGAGACUGCGGGAUAUGCCAAACGUCUCAGACCGGGAGAGAGAGUUUAUCGCGGAGCCGAUGAACGCGUUUUCGCGGGAACUCCAGAAACGAUUCGAGGAAAUCGGGGAGAACAAGUGGCAGCGGGAAGUGAUGCGAGUGAUGGAGUCGGCGCAGUUAGAGACCGUCGAGCAGUUGCAAGAAUUAGUCACGAGUGGGGAGGCACGGGAAAGUGAUGAAAGCAAAUGGCGGAGAAGCGCGAAGAACUCAUCGGAGUACAGGAAACUGAGAGAAGAAUAUGGCAUUUUGCAGGCAGAAAUGGCCGCGGAGACGGACAAGCUGAGCAAGGCCAUCGAUCGGUUGGAAACGGAGAAGGAGGCGUUGCGAAGACGCUUGGAGAAGGCCGAGAAGGCGGUGAAAGCCGAGAGGAAAACGGCGGAGCAGACGAAAGCCGACCUUCUGGGAUGCCAGGGUAGGCUGGACGAACUGCUGAACAGGAAACCACAGUCGAUGCAGGUGCGCUCGCGGAGGCGAGGCGAACGACCGAGAGGUUCGAGGGAGUCAUCGACGACAACAUCAAAAGGUCUGGAAAGCCGACGAGGUACGGGGCGGAAGAUAGACGGAAGCGUGGACUGGCGCGAGGAAGUCGCAGGAUGGGAGGUCGGAGACGAAAGAGAGAGCGGGAGAAGCAGGUCGGGGUCCAGGGACGAAGUAAGAGACAUGGUCCUCUGCAUGAGUCGGAUGAUGAAGGUAUCAGCCCUACCGGAGCCUAACCAGUUCGACGGGACGGGUGAUCUGGGAGAAUUCAAACGAGCCUUUCUCCUCAAAUACAAUCAUGUGGUGGAGGAUGACGAAGAGCUGAUCACCAUCUUGGAGGACAGAUUCCUGAAGGGACCAGCGAAAUCACUGUUCAAGACGCUGCAAGGACGAUUCUGCCGACCGGUGAAGGAGCUGUUCGAGGAGUUCGAGAGGAAACUGAGGAAGCGCCAGGGAGACCGCAAGACGGAGGCGCUGAACGAGUUCGACGAUCUGAGCAGGAAGCCAGGUCAGAUGAUGUGGGAGUUCUUGGUGGACGUGGAGAAGUGGUCGAGGGAAGCGUACCCGGAGGUGGGAGAGGAAACUCUGUCGCAGAUGCGCACCACGAAGCUCAUGAAAGCCGUCCGAGAGGACGAAACUCUGCACAAGUUGUUGAUCAUGCGGAGACUGGAAAUACCGUUAAGAGAACAGUACGAACAGUUGAAAGACGUCGUCCUCCAGCAGGAGAACGAGAGAUGCAGGGACAACAGGCAGAGGAUGAGCGGGUGGAAAGGGAAGGAAGACGGAUCGAGGAUGAUCACGGAGAAUGCGAGUCAACAGCAUUCGGAGAAUGGAGUAGAAGACGUGAAACCGAACGAAGAGAGCAGAGCAGAAGAGAACAAUGUGAGGUGUUUUCGCUGUGGAGGUGUUGGCCACGUGGCUAAUUACUGCACUUCAAAACCGGUCAUGUACGUUGGGUGCAGAGGAAAUGGGACAGCAGAAGGUGUGAUGAAGGAGGCCGUCGAGACGAUCAGGGUGUUGGGUCAAGCACGGAGGAUAAUCAUCGACAGCGGAGCAGUCGUAUCUGUCAUUUCGACGCGAGCGUGGGAACGUCUCAAGAAGGGAUGCAGAGGUUGGGAGAAAGAAGUGAAAGUGUUGGAGAAACCAAGCUUUUCGCUCGUGAAUGUGGAGAAGAAGAAGAUGCCUGUAGAAAAGCAGUUGCAGCUGCUGCUUGAGAUCAGAGGAAGGAAGUCGAAAGUCUUGUUCCAACUGGUGCGAAGCGAGGCGGAGAUCUUGUUGCUCGGAACGAAUGCAUUCAAGAGUGUGGGAGUGGAGUUGAAAUGGCGAGCAGAGGAGGCCGGGAAGCAUGAAGCGAAGCUGGGGAAACGAGCUGCGCGUCUGAAUAAAAUCAGGGAAUAUCACGUUGGAAACGGAAAUUCUGGCAGAGAGCGGAACCGGGAUAGAGUCGAUCGUGACGGAGGGUCGCGCGUGAUUGUGGACAAGGUGUCGCACAAAUCGCUCGGGACGCUGGCCACCGGACAACUAUCGACUGCGGAAAAGCUGGAGAAGGAGAAGGAGAUAGGAGGGAGACGGGAACCGAAGAAGACGGUCGUGCGCGAAGCAGAUCUGGUGAUCGGACCUCGUCUCAAGUUCAGUUCGCCGGCUUACUUCGACAUCAAAGCGAAGGCCGACGUGGCGUGGACGGAGAAAUACGAUUGGAAGGGCGUCGAGAAGGUGGUCAUGCUGGCGAAAUGGACGGUCGAUCCCACCGAGAACAAGAAUCGGGCGGAAAUCAUCGAGUCAAUCGCCAAAGACGUCAAGGAGCUGAUCGUGGUGCCAAUUCGGAUGGCAUGCAAGUUCAACGAAGUCGGAGGGAUAACGGAGUGGUGGAAAAAGAGGAUGCGAACAAGUACGAACGUACGGUUCGUCGACCCGCAGACGCCCGUUGGACCAAAACAACUGCCGAUGGUUGUGGUCAUCCCGGAGAAGUUCGACUCGGCGGAGAUGAUGGGUGGAUACCUCGAUUCACUCAUUCCGAGGAAUGCGGCGGUGGAGAAACUGAUGGUUGGCCGGAAGUUGGAGGUGGCCAAGAGAGCGAAUCGAUCGACAUAACGUAUGCGAUCAUCAUAUUGUUUUCGUUCUUUUAGCAUUCUAGGAUCUUUUAGGUAUUAUUUGGUAAUGUGGUAGUUUGUCUGUAAGUCCGUAGCAGAGGGACACGUGUGUCGGGAGCAGACUGUCAGUCGCCCAUGUGCUCGUACUUCAGCCGGCCCGGGGUCCGGCUUUUGUCCACGGGGGGGAAGUUGCCAAAGGCAGUUCCCUCAAACCCUUUCCAGGAAGUCGCACAAACGGGUGCAAAGACGCUCUAUGGGACACGCGUGAACUUUGAGCUGCGUGGCAUUUUGAAGACUGAGUCUGCUUUUGGUUAGUUCUGGUUUUGUACGUUUGCUUGUGAGAGACACUCUUUUUGGUGUUCUUUCUGUACUUUUCUUUGUUGAUUCGUUUCUUUCGUUGCUCCUCAAGCAAUAAACCUUUGUUUGAUAAUCUCUCGCGUUGUUUCUUGUGUUUUCUUGUAUUGGACCCGACACCCCUUUUUAUAAGCGGGCAACUCUUCACCGCCUCCUGGUAAUCAGUCAAUCAUAGUUUUCCCGCCUAAUUCAGAUAUUUUCAGGUGCGGACCGUGUCAGCACAUCUAUCCCGAGGUCGAAACCCAAUCGGCCGAGUAUUGCGACCAACUGACAUUCUUCAAAAUCGACGUGGACGAUAACGAACAAUUGGUCGAGGAGUUCGGCAUCGGCUCGAUGCCCACUUUCGUGCUGCUCAUCGACGGACAAAAGAGGGAACAGUUCAGCGGAGCGAAUGUGGAAAAGUUGAGAGACCUCGUUCAGAAAGCAAUCAACUGA